GACUUGGGUGGCAGGAAGGAGCGGAGAGGUGUUCGCUCUGAAUUCGUGCUGCAGGGGAGCAGGUGGAGCGCCCUCGUUGAGCGUGGUGUAGGAAUGUGCACGUAGAGAGAUGCUAGUCUGUAAGUGCAGGAAAGCAGGGGCAAUCUGCUUGCUGCGGUGACGGCAGGGGAUUCAAUGGCGCCGGCACCGUUAAUGAGACCUGAGACUCUGUUGGACGACAGAUUUGAAGUGGAGAGGAAAAUUGGGGAAGGAACGUUCAGCGAAAUUUACCGUGCCGUUGACCGACAGACGAGCGAGCUGGUCGCGAUCAAAGUUGAGAAGGAGGACCGCGUCCUGAAGUGGGAGAGCAGUGUGCAGAAGCGUCUGCAGGAUUGCCCCUAUGUGUGCCGUCACAUCAUUGCCGGCGAGCACAAUGGACGCAACUAUCUUGCCAUGGAACUGCUGGGGAGCAGUUUGUCGGACCUGCGGAGAGGGCAGCCUGAAGGCAAGCUGUCAAUGGCGACGACCAUCUCCAUAGGGAUCCAGCUGUUGAAGGCGAUUCAAGGAAUACAUGAGCUUGGCUACAUCAACCGUGACAUCAAGCCAUCCAACUUUUGCAUAGGGCUCGGCGCCAAGGCACGGCAGUGCUUUAUGGUUGAUUUCGGGUUGGCAAAGAAGUACCGGGACUCAGAGGGCCGGGUAAACCCUGCAAGACCAGUUGCAGAGUUCCGGGGAACGUCUCAUUAUGCAUCUGUCAAUGCGCACAAGAGUAAGGAGCUCGGACGGAGGGACGAUUUGUGGAGCCUGCUCUAUGUUUUGGUAGAGUUUCUGGAGGGAGAUCUGCCGUGGAGGUCGCAGUCGAACAAGGACAAGAUACUGGAGUCGAAGGAGUUCUACAACCAGAACCCUGAGAAGUUCCUUCGGUUUCUGGAAACACCCAAGCAACUGCAGGAUUUUGCAAGAACUUUGAGCGGGUUGGAGUAUGAGGAGGACCCCGACUAUGCACACCUGCUGAGGCUUCUAGAGAGCCUCCUGGAAGAGCUGGGUGUACAGCCGGACGCACUAUUUGACUGGGAGGCAAGCGAGGCCCCAGGGGAGGGAGGGCAGAUGGGUGCGGUCGAGAGAGAGCCGUCGCCGUCCCGGCCCUUGCUGGAACUGUCAAGCCCGGCACAAGAGAGUGGCGAAAUCAGCAACGCAUUGCAUGAGUUAGCGGAGGAUGGAAGAGCAGGAAACGGGGCAGAAAACGAUGCAGACGCUGUAACUUCCCCUACAGCGGAGCAAAGCGACAGAGUGCAAGAAAAGAGGCCGGAAAACACGAUGCACCUGCCGAAGGGGGGGCUCGGGCCCCAUGACAGAGAUCGGAGUCACGAGUGGAGGGAGCGGACUGAGAGGGGCAAGUCAGGUGAGAGAGCGGGACGGUCCUGGGACGUGGGAGGUGCGCGCAGAGGAGAUGAGAUGCGGGGGCGCGGCAGCAGUCGCGAUUUUGCUAAGGAAACAGCAGACCGGCGGGGUGAGUCGUUGGCGCGGGAGCGCAGCCGAUUGGACGUGGAGACUGAGCAGGAGAGGGCGAAGAGGAGGGAGGAGAAUCUUCGCCGACAGAAGGAGGCGGAUCUUGCCAGGGGUCGGGACAAAGAGCCGGACUGGGAGAGGGAUCGCAGCAGGGAGCGGGAGCGAGAACGGUACAGGGAUCGAGACAGGGACAGAGAUUACCAAAGGGAAAGAGGGGCCGACCGGUAUAGAGACUAUGAUAGACGGAGGUAUGGGGAUAGCAGGGAGCGGCGGCGAGAUGACAGAGAUAGGAGGGGAGGGGAUCAUGACCGGGGCCGGUCCAAGCAUGGGGAGCGGAGGGCUGACUCGGUGUGCUUUGACAUGCUGAUGAGACUGCGGUGCAAGAAGGAGAGAUGCCCGUUCAAGCACCCAGCCAGAACUCCAAAGAACCCUGCCCAGGACAUAUGCCUGAGAUACAUCGACAACAACUGCCCGGACAGAGCGGAAGACUGCCGACGAUAUCAUUGGACACGGGCAGAGGAGCUGGAGUACCUGCGGUCCGGAGAACUGCCACCUGGCGCAUUGCGACAUAAGCGUCCAUAUUCGCGCUAUCGCUCGCGUUCCCGGAGCCAGACUCCGUCUCGGAGGCGCUCGGUCUCUCCAUCCCGUCGGCGCUCUUUCUCCCCGUCUCAGAAGCGCUCCCUGUCUCCUUCCCGGAGACGCUCCCCCUCUCGGCGCCCAAGCCUUAGAUCCCCCGGAGCUAGGAAGGCCCCACUUCUCUCCUCCCAAAAGCAACGCGACGACCCCCGCCGCUCCUCGGCCUCGGAAGCGUCCGACGGGGAGUCCCGGAGGAAUCGUCGGGGGGAGAGCGAACGUGUUCGGGAGGUUCUCCCGGAGCCAGUCAAGCCGCCUACGCUUGAGCACCUUCAUUCGCCGGACAGCGGCCGGUCCAAUGUCAUCGACGGGGAGGUUGCAGAGGAGGUGGCGAGCGCAGGGGAGGUUGCAAGUGCGAAGACGGCACCGGCGGCAGAAGCCGCUUUGUCCGUAUUGGAGCUCGAGCCCCCGGCACUCGGCCCGGGAGAAGGUCCUGAAAAUCCGGAGGCGGUCCUGGAGCGGCCGGCGUCGCCGGGGAGCCGGCUGCUGGCGAUGGCCAUGCAGAGCUUUGACACUGCGAACGAGGGGGCCAAGAUCGGUGCGGGGCUUGAGGUGCUCAACGUCAACGGGGGCGACAAGCGGCCAGCGCAAGGGAGCAGCUGGCCCAUGGGGCUGCUGGCAAAGAGUCCCGUUGAAGGACCGGCUGCGGCAGAGGAGCUUCCGGCGAGCAGCGCUCCUGAGGCGUCGGGCAUGAGAAUACAAAAUGAGAGAGGAUCCUGGAGUCGGCCCGCGGCAGGGGGGAGCACGCGCGAGGGCAAGGGGCCGGUGCACGUGGCAAAAGCAUCCCAGGAGGAGUUGAACCGAGCUUUGAACCGGAAGUCUAACGCGGAGGUCUCCGGUUUGCGAGGCAAGGUUAUUGGGGAUAUGCCAAAGGGUGGGCCUCAAGAGCCAAGAAGUUUGCGGCUCAAAACCAGUCCGCCGAAAGAUCAGGGUGUGUCGGGGGUUUCUCGGGAAGGGCGAUCGGGUCGUCUGGAAGAUGUGAAAGCUGGGUCGAGCCUUGAGAAGAUCGCUAGGGGAAGUGUUGGAAUCGCAAGGGAAACAACUGUGGAGACGGUGCGUGCAGCGUCGGAUCUACGGAAGGAUCUGCCGGUUGUCAGCAAACGGAAAGAGGUGCAGGUUGUCAGCAAAGAAGGCUCUCUGGCGUCUUCGGUUCUAGAUGCUCUGAAUAAAGAGACUGUACAUAAGGACCGGAUCCAGCCGGCAGACGAGAACCAGCCGGAAAGAAUCCCACACACGGAGGAGAGCCUAGUCGUACAGAAAAGAGAGGUUGCAAACGGUGCUCGUUUCGAGCAGCCGGAAGGUGAAGCAAGGAACGGAACGGGGGAAGGGGUCUCGGUCAAGCCGCCUGUCAAUAAAGCUUCCGAGAUGCAGGCGGUGAAGCCUGCAGUGUCAGCGUCAGUCAAGGUCGGCAGUCCGGCCAAGGGUGCCGUACAGAAACUAGCGGAGAAGGAUAAGGGCCUCGGGAAGAAAGGGGUCGCGCCGAAGUUCAAGGAGGUCAAACCUGACGUCAAGGGUUCCGCUGCAGCACCUCCUGGGGAUAAGACGGCAGGAGCUGUUCCCUUAUCCGCAAGCGCAGCUCCUAAGGUAAUCAAGAAAGUGAUCAUCAAGCAGCGGGGCGAGACAAUCGCGCCCUCCGAGGGUGCUGCUGCACUAGCCAGCAAGAAAGGAACAGGGGGCAAACGGUUGCCUGGCACGGCGACCGCAAGACUUUCAGGGGGAAAGAAACCUGGUAAGGGUCUGAGUAUAGAGGGACCCCCUGGAAAGGCUGAUUCGUUGAGCCGUCCGUCUUCGCCGGCCGCUCAGCUGCUUCAGAGUCCAAAGGGGCGGCCCCCGUCUCCGUCUGCGCGCCUGCUCCCUGGCGCGAACAAGUCGGGGGGCAUUCCCCCGGGGUUGAAGGAGAGUGCGCCCCUGGUUGCGAGCAAACUGGAGGAGCUAUUCCGGGCGAGAAAGCUGCACCCGAAGCAGCUGGACGAGCGGGUUUGGGACCAGCUUCAGCGGACCGCUGAGCCUGCGGUGCUUCAGUGCCUCGACGAGUUCCAGGAGCUCGCCGAUCAGAUUGAGCCCUUGCAAGUUGCUUCCUACCUUCUGCUCCAGCUAAAGCGGAAGCAGACCGCCGGCAAAAGGCCAAGCAGCUCCGAUAAGGGUCGGCCAGCUACGCCAAAGCCCGGUGCCCCCCGGCCAGCCCCUCCAGCAAUACCCCCAGCCUCCGGUCCCGCUUCUCUGGCGGCCGCACUGCCCUUAGUCGAGAGCAGUGACAUGCCCACCGCCCCCAGCACCCCCGCACGCUCCGGCCUCAACACCGAGGCCCCCGCCCACGUUCGCAACCCGAGCUUAGAGUUACCCCCUUCGAUACGGACUUCUUCCUCAGAACCAGGCACGCAGAAGGCCGGUGCGGCGCAGGACAUCGCAGCCCACAGAAACGGCCUGUCGAUUGAGAUUGGGGGGCCGGUACGGAGCCCUUUGAGGGGCCCCGUUUUGGACGACGCCACGUCCGGCGGGCAGCCCGGGGGCAGUCAGGCGGACGAGCCGCGGUUGGACCCGGUGCCAAGCCCCCGCGCGGUUGGGAAACGCAGCGCUCUGGGGCGGAGAAUGUCCGCGAACACGUUGAGUCGUUUUGGGGGUAAGGAGCUCGACGUUCUCGAGCGGACUGGGGAGACGAAGGAAGAGGGGGCGGCGCCGAGCAAGGUGAAGAGCGAGGAGGGCAGCGCCGAGGGUGUGAAUAAGCCCGAGCUGGGGCAGCAGCGGCUGCCCCCGGCUCCUGCGGGGGCUGUUCACACCGAGGUGUCGCCCAAGGCCAGCGGCAGCGAGAGCUCCAGCUUUUCGAGUCUGUUCAAGGAGGAGGAAGGGGGGGGGGAGGACGACGAUGGGGACGAGGUGAAUGGGCCGUCGCCUAUUCACACCGCGCAGGGGGAUCUCUGGGCGGCGUCGGGCACGUGGGAGAAAUCCAGCGGGGAAGGACCCCCUGGGCACAGCCGGAAGCGUUCCGCGGGCAGUAUUGCAAACCUGGGGGGGUCGGGGAAGAGGUCGAGGACGGGCGAGGAAGGGGGAGCGGGGCACAGCGAGGAGGUGGACCUGCCAAUUGGUGGGGGCGGUGUGACUGCGCGCGGUGGUGGUGUGAACGCGGCCUUGGCGGCAGAUUCGAAGGUGCUAACGUGGUUCAAGGUGCACUUGCAUUGGGAGCACUUUCCGCACCCGUUGCCCGAUGGGGCGCUGGUGAAGGCGCGCCAAACGGACCGGUAUCAGUCGUCGGCCACAGCGCUGAUCAAGACGCUCGAGAUCAUCCACCGCGUGGAGGUGCUAAGGAGCGCCUGGGUGCAGCAGACCCCCAGAAACCUCUUUGCGCUCCUGUUGCCGACAUCAGCACGGACCAAAGUCACACCCGUGGAGCCCAAGGGGAUGGCCAAGAAAUUUUUCGUCACCGACCACGAGGGCCGCAAGUACUGGAGCACCAUGAAGCGCGGCCCGGCACAGCCCAACCAGCACCACCUCGCGGCUGUGCUGGAACACGACUUGACGCACCUGGGUCUCUGCCCGCAGCUUGUUUCCAUUGACUGGACUGUCGGCAAGAAGCAGGCGGGUAACGUGCUCCGCUUGGCGGGGCCCUGUACGUGCGUGGGCGUCCCUCUCGCCCCGCCCCUGGUGCCCAUGUCCCCCAAAAACAAGGCCCGGUUAGGGUUGCAGUCGGGCAGCGACGCCCAUCUGAACCACUUGGCAGCAGAGGAACGGUUCGGAGGGGGGAGCCUGGGGGACGCAAAGGGCAAGCGGAAGGCUGGCAAGAAAGCCAACCGGCCCCCGGUAGUCAGCCCGACGGCCGCCGAACUUGCAGCUUUUCCGACCCUAGACACCACUGCGCCGCUCUCGCCCGCCUCACAAAAGAAGCGCCUCGUCAGCGUGCCAAGUAGAAAGGGCUUCGCCACGCCCCUGCAAUCGCCGGGACCUUCACAAGGGGGGCUCGCGGAGACGGUGGGUGGCGCAGAGUGGGUGCCGGAGGGCCAUGAACCAAGCGUAUCGGUGGAAGCGGAGGAGCAGUCUGCCGGGGAGCAGGCGGCAUUCUGGGAGGAGAUCAAGGGAAACGUGAAGAGUCGGGAGCUGCAAAGUCUGAACUCGGUUUUGGUAGCGGGUAAGCGGCGGCGAGGUAUGUGACCUGCGCUUGAAACGACGGUAAAAUCAAAGUCAAGAUGACAGAUUGGGAGGAACAUGGUCAGGGAGAUGCCUUCAAAUUUUGAAGAUCGAGACGCCACCGAGUUGGCGGCCUGGUGACUAUUCCCGCAAGGACAGGCGCAGCUCGUCCAAAGAGCCAAUGCCAAUAUGUACGUGAGCCUAGAUCAUUACAGAACGAAAUGCUGAGGAUUCCAGGUACGAAUAUGCAACCGGUUGCAUAGGAAAGAUUGAUAUGCUUAAGCAUGCGCACUUAGUAUUAAUCAAAUUUACCGACCA